CUGUGUGUGAUUACGGUUCCUCUGAAUUUUGCUUGUGUGUUAGCUACUUUUGACUUUUAUGCUUUAGUUUACUUUCGUUUGUAAUUUUAUCACCAUGUCGGUGGCGUUUGCACCUCACAGGCAACGGAAGGGUGAUAUAACACCCGCUGGAAUACAAAAGUUACUUGAUGAAAACAACCAGCUGAUCCAGUGUAUAAUGGACUUCCAGAGUAAAGGCAAAACAGCAGAGUGUUCACAGUAUCAACAGAUGCUGCACAGAAAUUUAGUGUAUUUGGCCACAAUAGCAGACUCCAAUCAGAACAUGCAGUCUCUCCUCCCUGCUCCACCCACUCAGAACAUGCCCAUGGGUCCUGGUGGCAUGAACCAAAGUGGACCUUCUCCUCAGCCCCCUCACAGUCACAACAUGCCCUCUGAGGGUAUGGUCAGCGGUGGUCCUCCAGCCCCUCAUAUGCAAAAUCAAAUGAAUGGACAGAUGCCUGGUCCUAAUCACAUGCCCAUGCAAGGUCCUGGUCCAGGCCCUAACCAGCCUCCAAAUAUGCCCAGUGGGUCAAUGAAUAUGCCCCCCAGCAGCCACGGCUCCAUGGGUGGUUACAAUCACGCGGUUCCUUCUUCCCAAGGCAUACCAGCUCAGAGUCAAAUGAACAUGACCCAGGGCCAACCAAUGGGAAACUAUGCGCCUCGACCAAACAUGAACAUGCAGCCAAAUCAAGGCCCAAUGAUGCAUCAGCAGCCUCCAUCGCAGCAGUAUAACAUGCCCCCUGGUGGUGGUGGACAACACUACCAAGGACAACAGAACCCAAUGGGUAUGAUGGGCCAGGUUAACCAAGGGAACCAUGUCAUGGGACAGAGACCGAUGCCACCCUACAGACCCCCACAGCAAGGACCCCCCCAGCAGUACCCAGGGCAGGAAGACUACUAUGGCGACCAGUACAGUCACGCAGGACAGGGCGCCUCAGAAGGUAAUGCACAGUAUGGCCAACAACAGGAACCAUACCAGCAAGGCCCACCGCAGCAGCAGGGCUAUCCACCACAGCAACAAUACCCAGGUCAACAAGGUUACCCACCACAGCAACAAGGUUAUGGUCCCUCUCAGAGUGCCCCAGGACAGUAUCCUAACUAUCCACAGGGGCAGGGGCAGCAGUAUGGGGGCUAUCGUCCUCCUCAGCCUGGACCCCCGCAGGGCCAGCAGCAGCGCCCUUACGGUUAUGACCAGGGGCACAUGAGGAAAUAAAGAAGAGGGGAUUUGAACCCCUGACUAGCUCUGUAAGAAGCAAAGGGCCAGUAUGGAAAUUACCAGCAAUGAGAAAUGGUCACAGCUACCUUCACAGCUCUGCUCUGAUCUCUCUGUGCUUUAACCUCUGGUCAUCUGCUAAACAGACCUUAACGAUGGUUUCAGCUCAGAUUCUCUUGGACUCCCAACACACAAGAAAAAAAAAACAUGAUACAUUUUCCACUUUUGGGGGGCUUUUUAUCCUUGCCUAUAAAAUGUAUCCCCUUUUAUCAUGCACAUUGACAUGAAAAACAACAAGAAGUCCACGACUUUAUUUUGCUCCAGUAUGUCUCAAAGCAGCAAUGCCUUAAAAAAUGGAACUGCCUUAUCCUUUUAGCAUUGCAGAUUGUGGAACGGGCUGACAAAAAUUUUGGAUUCCACCUGACUCAAAUGUAAAGUUUUAAUCGACAGCGGCGCGUUAUUCCUGUAUUCUUCAGCUCCCCGAUCACGAGAAGCAAUAAUGCCAGCAGUAGGGACUUGUGUGAGGACUUUAAAAAUGAAACGAUGCAAAUGCGCCGGGUGAACUUCCAGCUAGACCAUGGUACAUGUCUUGAUGUAUGUGAUGUAAAAUAUAUAUUUUGUGCUUUUUAGAUCGAGCUAACUUUGUAUAAGACAUUGAAAACUAGUACUAAAAGCUGUGUUGUUUAUUUCAAAAAGUGAAUGUCUAUUUUUUGUUGUUUUUAAUGCUCUUAAAUGACAAUGAAUCCCAUCCAGUUAUUUUUUUUAUUAAAAUGAAUGCCUAUUAAUUUAGAUCUCUUAUGUCAGUGGCAUAGAUUUUAUGAAAAAAAGGAGGAAAUUAUCUGUAUACACUUUUUUUCUUUAAAGAAAAUAAAUUUGAGCAGCAUAUCAGGUGCUUGAAAGCGCAUGAAAACCCAUAAAAUAUGCAGUUCAUUUUUUUUUCUUUUUAUGUUACAGCUCCUGACAAAAUAAGGCCUUCAUUUAACAGUUCUGCUCAGUGAGGUAAUAAUGUAGCAGAUGCCACUGCAGAUUGUGAAUAAAUGUCCUCUUGAGCCUUUUUUCCCCCUUCCAGAAGCACCGCCGACCUGUCCAUUGACUGCAAAGUGGUGAAUGAGAACGAUCUAACAUGUUAUAUUUUUUUACACGUUUUUUUUUUUCUGUUUUUAAAUCAGCAGUGUUAGAUGGUUACUUUAACAAUGCUGGAAUCUCGUCUCCUUUUCGAAUAAACGUCUAAGUUGAUGUCAUUCAAGUAGUAUUGUGUGUGCAAAGUAAAUAUUGUUACUGUCAAAUAUGUAACAUAAGAUGUGAAAAUAUUGUUUUGAAAAUGGAUUCCAUGAUUUCACAGUGAAGAUUGGUUGUGCAGUUUUAUAUCACUGGCUUGAUAUCUGUAUCAUGGUGCAUAUUUUAUUGAUCUCACAUGUACAGCAGCAUAAAGACGAGGAAUUCAGUGUCCUCUAUUGUUUAUAUGGCUGUUUUAAUAUUUUGUUUUUUUCUUUUCCUUUCCGCAACACAUCCAAGUGGAGGUCACAUUUGUGUCUUGGCAAUGUAAACUGUACAUUAUAAUAAAUCGGAAGAAUCUUUAGUAUA